CCAGCCCUCGAUUUGAAAUCCAAUAACAACGCGUGAUUUCUCCCUUUGCAGAUUUACAACGGGUUUUUUUUUUGACCAGAGAACCGCAGUGUGGUUGAGGUAUCCCACAUUGGAAACCUUUCUGGAAGCCUAGAUUGCCCCACUCUUUUUCGCUCAGCUUCUCCACUCUUAAAAUCUUUCCACUCAUCACCCCUCAUUCCCCCAUCCUCGAGGAAAGGCGUCCAAAUUUUGACCGUUUACUGAUCCCAAGGUUCAUGGCGAGCAUCACUUCCAUUCCUUCGCACCUGAAGUGGCUGGUCCUCUUGGCACCAAUGGCUGGGGCAGCCACGGAUGUUUCGAGAUGCACUUGGACAGUCGCUUGGUCUGGGAACGACAGCCUCCGGGCGGGCCCUCGUGAGAUCUGCGAAGGGCUUACGAUUGGGCAGGUUGUGGGCGUCAGUUUGGCCAUCACAAUUGGUUUGCUACUCCUAGCCGGUAUCCUCGCGCUUCUCUAUCGUUUAAAUCGUAACCGAAAUCAACUUCAACUCACUCAAUUUUCCUCGGCCGCUUGGCCAAUCACACGUGCUACGCACCGACCAGUAUUCCAACCCCCAGGCACCCCGGCUCCGGAAUUUGUCCAUGAUCUCAAAUUCCCUCAAAAGGCCAUGUAUCACAUUUGAACCCGCAGCGAUUCCCCGGCGACGUUUAAGCCCAAUGAUCACGAUAACUCUGAAUCGGUUCAGCCGGAAACACAAUGGAGGGUCGCCAGUUCGCCUCCGCUUGGAUUUUUUUGCCAGAAGAACUCACCCUUAGUAUUCCCGAAACAUGCUCAUAAGCUUAUGAAAUUUGAUCUAUCUCUCCUACACCACAUUAAUCUUUGAUUGCCGUUGAUCUUCUUCCCUCGACAUGCUCGAGGAACUAUCCCCCAAAAUCGUUUGGCCCAUCCGGACCCCAUGACUCUUGUAUCUUGAUUGAAAAAAUCUGCUUAGUGGCAAUCAAUUCUCUGUAAUCAAAUAGAUCAUCAAAAGUUCUUGCUCAAGGCUCACCAGUCAGUCUUGUUUUCGAAGUGCGCUGUUGUUUUGUUUUGUAGAUAAACUCAAGUAGUUUGUUGACC